UUCUUGAUCGAUAGAAUGCGACGAUCGAUCUCGAAAAUAAAAGUUCUCGCGGGUGUUUCGCGGAUAACCUCAACGGGAGCCGAUCGAAGGAUCUGAACGAUACACGGAAAUCGAAUCUUCGAUAAUGAUCCCCGAUGGACGAUGUCGUUGUUAGAGACGAGAUGAGAUCUCGAGUCGCAGGUUCGUUUGUCCACGAGACGAGUGCCGCGAUCGAGUGAUUCGAACUAUUUCGAAGGAUUUCGUAGGAAUUCGGUGCUUUCGAUCGGACACGUGCACGCGGGGAGACGUCAGAAACGCGUCGACGAGGAUUUGCAAGGUACAAGGACCCGUAACCUUUCGAGAUCGUCGCCACGAGGUUCUGUGCUAUGAUUCGACCCACCGACGAGGCGAUAUCGUUUCGAGGGAGGCGAUGGUACGCGAACGGAUCGCUGGACUCCGGUAGAAUACGUUGCGAGUCUUACGGUCUGGCGAUAUUUUGACGAGCUCGUUCGGUUAACAACUUGGAGACUAUCGACGGCGGACCAUUAUAUCGGGGAACCGCUGGCUCGAGUACGUCGUUAAAGGAUCUGUGCCCGCGUAGUGUGAAAACGGUGUUCGAGUGGUGCUGAUAGAAAACAGUUUCGGGACCGGCGACGAUGGGAUCGGACGGGUUAAUGCGUGGCUGAGCAACGGUGAUUGUCUCGGAACCGCGGCGAUUGUUCCUAAUUAAUCGUUGCUGCUUUUGCACGGAACCUGGUUUCGCUGUCGUCAACUUCGAGCUUGACAAAUAUUACUGUCGUAAUCGGAAAUUAUGAGGUGGCUGUGGAUUAUCGUCCUGAUAGCUUUGGCGCUGCCGGCGGCCGUGCCGCGGAAGAAGCAUCGCAGCAAACCAAUGCCGAGGCUCUACGGCGAAAGGGUGCCCUUCCAGUCAAUCAGAAUCAGCAACAGCAACGUCCAACAGACCAUCGUCGACACUCACAACUACUAUCGUUCCAAAGUCAAACCAUCGGCCGCUAACAUGCUCGAAAUGAAGUGGCAUUCUGGUUUGUCCGAGGCAGCGCAGAAAUGGGCUAAUCAGUGCCCCGGGCUGGUGCACGACAAUGCAGCUGGUUUAUAUUUGAACGGUUUUGGGGAGAGUGGACAAAAUAUCUUCAUUACGACGGAUCGAACGCUCUGGAAUUUCGCCAUCAGAAUGUGGUUCAUGGAGUACAAAGACUACAAAUACGGAUUAGACAAUUGGAGCAACUUCCACAAAAUCGGCCACUACACCCAGAUCGCGUGGGCCUCGACGCAUCUGGUGGGAUGUGGCGUGAACCACUGCACCGGGGGCGGUGGUCCCCUGGGGAAGGACUACUACAUGUACGUGUGCAACUACGCCCCUGGGGGUAAUUACAAGGCCGGUUUGGGUCAUCCUUACGUGGCUGGGAAGCCGUGUAGCAUGUGCAAGGAUCAUUGCACGCGCAACAAACUCUGCACGAACGCUUGCUAUUACACCGAUCUAUGGUCGAACUGUGCCGAGCUGGUCAGAACGUUUCCGGGCUGGGUCUGCGACACGAACACGAAAGAGGGCAGACAACGACGGUAUUCUUGCGGUGCCACCUGCAACUGCAAGGAUAAGAUCUAUUAUCGUCACGGGUAGUGAACGAUCCCCGACGUCGAGGGCCAUUUUCGUCGAACCGGGCUGAUCGAUCGCCACCGACGCGGGAUCUAUUAAACACCAGUGGGUUCUUUUUUUUCCUUUAUAGCACAUUGUCGAUUCAUUACGACGUCAGCCAGUUUCCAAAGACUGAGUGUUUUUGUUCCACAGCGGCGAGUUUCUAGCAGAAAAAAAAAAAGAAAGUCUGACGUCGUUUAAAGCUUAAGUUCCGGAGUAUGAUAACGAUCCAACGGUUUCCCUUUGUUAUUCGUUUGUCCAUUAUCUUCCUGCGUUAUUAAAAGUAAAACUAAUCCGCAUCGUUAACUUCGUAAAACAGUAUCGUUAUGAUUCGCUGCGCAGAAUUGGUUCCUCGAGUUUGUCUUUCGCCACAAAAAUGUCUGCUUUUCGUUCGCAUCAGGUGGGUUUGGUUUGAAAAAAACUGUUCGGUGUACCUUGCGUGGGGUCCUCUUUGAAUACGUAUUUGUACGAUAUUUUUCUGGUAUUUGUAAAAAUGUUUACUUGUUUGAGUGGAGUGGAACGGUAGAUUUAUAGUGGAUUUAAAGUACAAUACCGCGUCUGCUAGAGUUUCUAUUUUAAUUCGGGACGGAGUUUGAUUUUCGACGUUUGAUAUGAUCAUUUCUAUCGGCGGGCUCGCGCGUCGCCUAAACGUGGGACUAAAAAUGUAUAAACGUAAGUGGAAGCUCUAUCUAAAACGUGUUUAGCGAUGUAAGUUCUACGGUAGUCUGUGUAUACAAAAUAUCAAGACGUGCAAUUUUCUCGUGAUGUCACUCCAACGUUUAACAAGAUGCUUUCAGCAUACUGUGGGCGCUUAUGAAUGUAUGUCGGGCACGAAGAAAGCGAUCCAUUUGGUAAAUUAAAACAAUUACGUAAUCGGUUUUACGUACACUCAAGGAAAUUAAAUUCUUAACCGUGAUCGUUCGAAUCGGGUCAAUUUAAAAUAUUCGAUAAUCUUCAUCGCGAACCGUCUUCGAUGUUAUUCAAUUUAUCAUUAAUUAGUAUUAUUUUUAUUUAAUCAGAUAAUCCACGAUGGGAUUGUAAAUAAAAUGGACG